AUGAACUCGCUGAACAUCCUGUCCUCGCGAGUCAUUGGUCAAUCUUCCAUCUCUCCACGUCCACGAUCGCAAUCCCAAAGUGAUAGCAAACGCACAAGUCUGCCAAGCGACUUGUCGAAACUCCGAUCUUACAGCGAGAACAACUUUCGAGCUCUUGACACCGAGAAGAGCUACAACGAUGGACCACCGCGGGUGGAUGAAGAUGCAGAGGAGGAUACGACGUAUGGCUUAGAUGAAAAGACACCAUUACUGCAUGAGCCUCAAAAGGACAGCACGAUCACGACCCGAAGCACCUGGCGGCUAAUCACCCACCGGAUCUUCGAUGCGAUUACGGAAACCAUCAGAUUCAUUCUAUCUACGCUCGCCGCCCCCGGUGUCUAUGUCGCUCAAUGCUUCCAAGCUGAUGAUGGUCGCUACUCUCUGUUCGCACCUGUCCGGAAGUUGUGGCGCUCCUCUGCCGAACUAACGACCCGGCCGGAUAAAGGGGAGAAUCGACGGCGGAGUGGCUCCACCCGCAAGCUUCGACCCCAAGCAUCACAUGAAUCCAUAAUAUCAACAACCUCGGAGUCAGAUACAGAUCGACGGCUUUCCAAGAAUCACAGUGGGAAGAACCGGCCGACGAAGACGAAAGGCCACGACCCAGAUCCAAUCCCGGAAGAGAAUACACCUCGACGUUCCAUACGAAUCAAACUCCAUCAUGAAGAAUCUCACAAACAACAGCGUCACCGACGGUCACAGAGUGCAGAAAUGGGACCGCCAAUGCCCGAGGGUGUCUCUCGGGUCCAGGGCGCCGUCCAUCUGGACAGCUUGAAGUCCCCAACCUCUGGAUCCGUCCACCGUAUCACCAAGUACCCUCACUCUCCAACCCCUCCACGCCCACUUCUCCCACAACGGGUGCCUUCGUAUACUGCAGCUCCACGCAAUGCCAGACUCCCGCAGAAGACUUUGGUAUUGGACCUUGACGAGACCCUGAUCCACUCCCUCGCCAAGGGUGGCCGCAUGUCUAGUGGCCACAUGGUAGAGGUCAAGCUCUCCAUGCCUACGACUACUGCAUUGUCACCCGGUGGGCCGCAAACGACGUUGGGUCCUCAGCAUCCAAUCUUGUACUAUGUCCACAAACGACCACACUGCGACGAAUUCCUGCGCAAGGUCAGCAAGUGGUAUAAGUUGGUCAUCUUCACGGCAAGUGUCCAAGAGUAUGCCGAUCCCGUGAUCGACUGGCUCGAGCAAGAACGUAAAUACUUCCAAGGCCGCUAUUACCGCCAGCAUUGCACAUUCCGCAACGGCGCGUAUAUCAAGGAUCUCAGUUCCGUAGAACCGGAUCUGAGCAAGGUCAUGAUUCUGGACAAUAGCCCAAUGAGCUACAUCUUCCACGAAGAUAAUGCAAUCCCCAUCGAAGGCUGGAUCAACGACCCCACGGAUAACGGCCUACUCCAUCUGGUCCCCAUGUUCGAAGCUUUGCAGUACGUUACAGACAUCCGGGCUCUACUGGCACUUCGCCGUGGAGAGACCGAGACAUAA